UCAUUUAUUGCGACUUUAUUCUAUGUUAUUGCAACUGUUUCUAUUAUCUCAUUAAAAUGUGGAGAAGACUAUUGCUUGUUUCUGUGUUGUGUAUUAUUGCUUCGAAUCAGUCUGAAGGCAAGGAAAAGCUGUUUUGUGGUCCGCGACACGUGCGUUACCCGUCGCGUUCUACAAGCGACCAAUGCCCCAAUAACACAUGCUGUGUAAGUUUCCUUCAACAGAAUGGUACGGAACAACCAUGGGCAAGGAAAGUGCCUGUACGGUUCAAGACGGAUUUCGCAGGGAAGUGCAUUCCAUAUAGCCAAAUAGGAGCAGGUUGCAAUCAGUACCCAGUGUUUGCAGAUGACUAUGCCAGGAUUUAUUUCGGUCAAUGUCAGUGUGCCAAAACCCUGUACUGUGAGGAUCAGAACGUUCAAGCUCCAGAAGGAUAUGUCGGAGUCUGUAGCCCACGACCGACUAAGUGUCAAAACGUCUCGAUGUGUAAAUCCGAUGAAUGCUGCGUCAGUGAUUACGGAAUUGUUGGGCAGAAAGAAGGCCCUGGAACCUGCCAGACGAUGAGGAAACUCGGAGACAGAUGUCUUAUACAGAAUGGAUCCGGACGACCGGAAGACAUGGUAACCUACUCCUGCCCAUGCAUGGAGAAUCAUGAAUGUGGUGGGAUCGACGUCAUUCCUGCUCGUUUUGGAUCAAUAGGAAGAUGCGUUGCGGUAACAGAAUCAACGUAAUCGGAUGAGAUCGUGACAUUGGCUUAAAUACACGCGACGGAACUUUUAUUGUAUUAUUUUCCAAUGUGACUGUAUCGAUUGUUUAGAAAGACGUUUAUUAUAAAACGGAUAAAUGAAUGUAUCGCUAUUCAAAGUGUGUGUAAAUAUUUAAACACAACCACAGACGACAACACUCCCUUUCCUUUUUCUGCAUAUAUAUAAUAAAAGUGAAUGUGGCAAAACAAAUAACUAUAAAAAUAUUAUGUA